AUGCACAACCGAUCAUAUUUGCGCUCUCAUAGGAUAGUCUUGGUUUUGGCUUGCAUUGCAGGCAUUUCAAGCGGAGCCACCGCAUCUUUGUCACUGGGCGGAAGUGUGGAGUUAGACAACUGUCAAAAGGUCUCCCAGACGGACUUGGGAUCCCCAACUGUGAGUGAGAGCAAAGACGGACCAGCAGAUCACCGAGAACACCCUGAGCGGGAAGAGGACGCGGUUUUUGCGAAUGGGUACAAACUGGUAUUGAUCACCAUCGGGCUCUUCUUCUCCACAGCCUACCUGCUCACUACCCUCGCCGUGACACUCCCUUUCAGCCGUCUAAAAACCUUCUUCCCCAUAAAUUGUAUCAAUAUGAGUGACCUCUUUGUGUUUGAACUUCGCUUCUCCUUCUGCGGUAUCACCCCGUCCUUGUCGGGCCUCAUCCCGUCCCGCGCAAUGGCCGGCCUGGGGGGAGGGGGGCCAUUCUUAGGUUCCCUUAUCAUCAUUAUUCACAGAGGGCCAUUUCGCCAACGGACAGACUUCUCAGGGCAACUAAUGAACGUACUUUCAGUGGUGAACCUCAUCGUACCUCUGAUGGGCGGGGCCUUCAAAAACCACGUCUCGUGCCGCUGGUCUUUCGAUAUUCAUCUUACAUUUGGCUAUUGGGUCCCGUCCCUAAGGGAAAACGUGGUUCGUCUUGAUCCUUUGGGGACGGCCAUCUUCCUACCAGCUAUGGCCCGCCAACGAGCCACUGUUCUACCGCGCCUGCACCGCGUCCGAAACAUCCCGGUCUCAGCGCUGUACGGCGUCUGUCGAAUUGGUGUCAUGUUCAUCUUUUUCUACGAUCUCCCCACCUUGCCCCAGGUGGUUCAGGGGGUCCCUGCCACCGAGCCCGGCAUUCAGAACCUGCCGCUCAUCGUAAUCAACGUUAUAUUGGCUAUCACUUGCGGCGUCCUGGUGAGGAUUACAGAAAACCCCGGCCCCUUUAUGCUCCUUGGGGCGACCAUGACUACUUUCGGGACAUAUCAAUGGAUUGUAUACCAGGUGCUCCUUGGCGGUUGCACCUUCGUUUUCGUUGCGCAAGAUAUCUUUGGCAAUAGGUUAUCGGCAGGCAUCCACACAGCCUUGCCGAUGCUGGACCCUCGCGCGGUAGAUAAUGUCGGACCUACCAGUCUCCAGAGAGUGUAUUCGAGUAAUACUCCCUCGAGUCUAGUUAUUGUGAAUAAUCAUGCCGUGGUGCACACUUUUCAUCCAGCCAUUGGCUUAUCUGCUGCUUCAUUCUUCGCUGCAACUGUCAUUUAGUGACGAUUAUCGAGCAAAUCAAUCAGCCAGUCCGGCUCCUCUUGAGUCGGAGGGUCGUAUCGGGUCCACCUCAUCAGGCGGGAGCCCCUGGAUCCUUACGUGACCAAGGAGUUAACAAUCAUCCCUUGCCGCAUGACGUUCUCGGAUUGACCGUGUCCCUACGGUCCCCGUGGUUUCCUAUGUAUCUGCCAUCCUAUGCUAGCCGUGCUCUUUGAACAAUUGGAUAGGUCUUCAUUGCCAUCUCCGCACAAUAUAAUGCGUUGCUCAUAUGUUUUCUAAUAAUUGCCCGCCCGAAAAGAAGUUGCAGCGUCUCCAUGUAAGAAC